AUCCGGCGCACUCGUUGCGGCCUGCGAUGCGCUUUGAGGCCUUUUCCCAUGUGAUGCCGUAAAGGUAAUCUAGGCUAUCGGCCUCUGUAACUCAGAGCUGGGAAUUGGCUUCCCCUUUCCUACCCAAUUCGAACACUGGCCAUCGAGUCGUGGACCGAUCUAUCUACAAACACGCCCUCCCUACCUUACCCUCCAAAGACUUGCCUAAGUAUUCACUCUCUCCGUAUUCGAGGAUUAUCGCAAAAGCGUGUAAUGAUAAUGGAGAAUCCCGAACAGGAGAUAAGACAAGUGGUGCGCUCCCUGUGCCAGGGCACGCCCGACGAGCAGCGCCGGACCAUCGACCGCUACUUCACCCCCGACGCCGAGUUUGUCCACCCGUUCUGCAUCGCGCCGCGCUUCAGCGAGGGCGACCUGCGCCUGCCCGGGCUGCGCCGCCUCAGCUCCCGCGACGCGCUCAGGGGCAUCUUCCAGUGGUACCGGAUGUUGUCGCCCAAGAUUGUUAUUGAUAUUGACACGGCAUUACACGACAAGGACAGGGACAAGAUGUACCUCGACAUGCGCCAGGUCUUCUCCAUCUGGUUCGCGCCGCGGUACCACGCCCGCGUGCGCCUGGUCACCGUGCUCGACCUGGUCCCCUGCGACCUCGGCGCGCACCGCAACGGCGAGCCGCAGGUGAUCGGGGACAAGGAAAAGGCCGACGGCGGCGAGAAGGGGUCCCCUACCACCGCCGUCGUCAGGGCUGGCGGCGGCGGCGGCCGCCAGCGGCAGAAGGUCUGGAGGAUAUCGCGCCAGGAGGACCUCUACCAGGUCAACGAGUUCCUCAAGUUCACGGGCCCGUACUGGUUCUGCUUCUGGAGGCCCCUCUGGUUCGUCUUCCAGCUGCUCGCCACCGCCAUCUGCGUGUUCCUGGGCCUGUUUGUCCCGCUGUCGCCCUGGGCGUUCCAGCAGGACCCGGCGCCCGGCGGCGUCGAGGCUAGGGUCGAGCAGGUGGAACGGUAUCGCGACGAUGAAGACGACAGGGACGGGGUGAAGAAGCUGGAUACGAAGGCGGAGGGGAAGAAUGCUGCUGCUGCCUCCUCCCCGACCUCCUCGUCGUCGCAUAAUGGCGGGCACCACUCGGCGUCCGGGGAGGACAGCAGCGGUGGUGGUGGCGGGGCCAAGGGCGGCGGCAACAAUACCAACGGGAACGGUCAACAGGGGCGCAACAGUAAGACACAGUCUACCCCUCCGCGCAAGUCCUGGAAGGGGGGCAAGAAGGACGGCCGUUAGAGGGCGGCGCCCAGCCCGGGCCCCCACCACCUGCGCGGCUCGCGGUCUGAGCUGGCGCUCACGCCUCUGCGCUGCGCGGCUUGCGUUGUCGACGACGAGGGCUGACCGUGCGCCGUUUCGUCACAGUUCGCCCGCUGCCGCUGCCGCUGUACUCGAUGGUCUGGAAUUGAGAACUUUGUGAGGCCCCCUGCGGAAUGGACGGGAUGGAAGGGGGAACACCGGUCAUUAUCGAGCACGACAAGAGAACAGACAAGAGGGACUUGAAAAGAGAGAUCAAUGCUUUCUCGUUGCUGUCUAUGCCCUUACUUCUUGUACCUAUUUAAGCCAGAAUCAGUGCGUCCUCCCAACAGUACUGCGGAUGCCGCGGGCCUUAAGCUUCCUUACCGGGUAUCAAUAUAAAAUCGUCGUGAAAAAAAAAAAGACAUUUCCAUCGGCUUUGUUGAUAUAUAUACUACAUCCCACCAAGAAACGAAACCCCAAAUGCCUGCCUGCCUCUUAUCUUCUUAUAAGCGAGUUCGCAUCCCACAGCAGAACCCUCUCG